CCUCCCGUUGACGAGUCGGAGGUGAUUCGCCUUCUCCCAGUGUCCAAGUCCAACCCGUGUUGGAGCCUAGUCUAGGUGGGCACCGCUGCUCCUACCGCAACGGCUCAACUGCUCCCAGUUCCGCCAUUAAACACACAGCGGAGAUCGAUCGAUCGACCCCCGCACCAGCGCAUCUCGAAGCCGUCCGCGAGCCCCUCUGUUCCAGAAGCUCCAGCCAUGUCGCAGUACGACGCCGGCGACCUCCCGCCGGCUCCCGAGAAGAAGAAAUCGCCCGCCGAGGAGGCGGCCGAGAAGAGGAGGGAGAAGCUUACUCCUGGGAGUUUGAUGAAGGCGGUUAUCCGGUCAGGCAGCGGCGACUUGACCCCUGCAGACGGACAUCAGGUCGUUCUUCAUUGCACUACUCGAACGAUGGAUGGCAUUGUUGUCAAUUCUACAAGAAGGGAGCAUGGAGGUAAAGGAAUACCACUCAGAUUUGUGUUAGGGAAGAGCAAAAUGAUUCUUGGCUUUGCUGAAGGCUUUCCAACAAUGCUGAAGGGUGAAAUUGCUAUGUUCAAAAUGGAGCCGCAAAUACACUAUGCGGAGGAUGAUUGUCCAGUCACAGCUCCAAAUGGCUUCCCAAAGGACGCUGAACUUCAAUUUGAGAUUGAGAUGUUGGACUUCUUUAAAGCCAAGGUCGUGGCUGAGGAUUUAGGUGUUGUAAAGAAGAUAGUCGAGGAAGGCAAGGGAUGGGAAACACCUAGAGAACCAUAUGAAGUGACAGCUCGAAUAACUGCAAGAACAGGAGAUGGAAAAGAAAUUCUUCACAGUAAAGAAGUUCCCUACUUCUUUACUUUGGGUAAAUCUGAGGUACCCAAAGGUCUGGAGAUGGGAAUUGGAACAAUGGUACGCAAGGAAAAGGCAACGAUUUAUGUUAGCUGUACCUAUUUAACAGAGUCCUCACUAAUGCCACAAGUUGAAGGCCUUGAAGAAGUUCAUUUUGAAGUUGAACUUGUUCAGUUUAUUCAGGUGAGAGAUAUGCUUGGUGAUGGCCGCCUCAUAAAGCGCCGUGUAGUUGAUGGAAGAGGUGAAUUUCCUAUGGACUGCCCUCUUCAUGAUAGCUUGUUGAGAGUACAUUAUAAGGGAAUGCUCCUUGAUGAACCAAAGUCGGUAUUUUAUGAUACACAAAUUGAUAAUGAUGGUGAACCAUUGGAGUUCUGUUCCGGCGAAGGGCUGGUUCCUGAAGGCUUUGAAAUGUGUGUUCGACUAAUGCUUCCUGGUGAAAAAUCUGUUGUCACCUGCCCUCCAGAUUUUGCAUACGAUAAAUUCCCAAGACCAGCGAAUGUUCCUGAAGGAGCUCAUGUUCGAUGGGAAAUUGAACUACUUGGAUUUGAAGUUCCCAAGGAUUGGACUGGUUUAACCUUCAAAGAAAUCAUGGAAGAGGCAGACAAAAUAAAGAACACGGGUAACCGACUAUUUAAAGAAGGGAAAUUUGAACUUGCAAAGGCGAAAUAUGAGAAGUUGCUUAGGGAGUAUAACCACGUGCAUCCACAAGAUGAUGAAGAGGGGAAAAUCUUUGCCAAUUCAAGAAGUUCUCUACAUCUAAAUGUAGCUGCGUGCUACCAGAAGAUGGGUGAGUACAGAAAGUCUAUCGAAGCGUGCAAUAAGGUGGUAGAUUCAAAUCCUGUACAUGUGAAAGCUCUUUAUCGCCGAGGAAUGUCAUACAUGUUAGGUGGGGACUUUGAUGAUGCAAAGAAAGAUUUUGAGAAGAUGGUAACCGUUGACAAGUCCUCAGAGCCUGAUGCUACAGCUGCACUUCUUAAGCUUAAACAGAAGGAACAGGAAAUUGAAAAGAAAGCAAGGAAGCAGUUCAAAGGACUAUUUGACAAGAAACCGGGAGAGAUUUCUGAAGUUGGUGCGGAACCAGCGGACGACAAGAAUGUGAGUGACGUGGCAGGCUCCGAAGAGCCGGUGACAAGUGCUGAUAGAGAUGGAAGCAGAAAGCCUAGCCCUCGCGCAGAAUCAGAGCAUGCCUUUGAGGAAGAGAGGCCAGGACUUAUUGGGCGUUUAUGGCCUUCCGCUAGGCGGAUUUUCUCCUCUCUUGGUCUGAACAGGUGCACAAUACUCUGAGCAGGCGCAGGCAUGCCACAAUUGCGACAACCAGAAACAUAACGGCAAACAAGGAAUUUUUCGGGAUUUCUGACAUACAGCUCUCAUGUACACAAAAUGACAAUUAAUCUUGAAUUGCUUGACUUCAUGUAUGAACAUAGUACCAAUAUACAUAUGUGCACUGAUGAUUGAGAUGGACGAGAAAUUGUGAGGAAGCACCGUUGUGGUGAUACUGAAAUUCCGUUCCAUUUUUUCUCUGCUGA